AUGGCCUUUAAAUCCACCAAGUCAACCACCACCAUCUCGGACGACGCGGCAUCAACCCGCUCCUACCUUUCCACAACAUCAACCCUAAAGGGCACCGAUGCCGAACCCACCAAGAAGAAAUGGCUCUCCCUGAAGAAGACAGAGAAGACGGAUACCUCCAGGCCGAAGCACACCGAAAAAUCCAAGAAAACGCUACACUAUGAGGCCAUGGCUACUUACCUUGCGUAUCGGUGA